UGAUUUUUUAGUUAGGUUUUGAGACUAGUUUGAACGACUUUAGCGAAUAGUUGUAGAAUAAAAAUGAUCAAAUUGGUGGUGCUUUUUGCCCUAACGUCUAUGACGUUGGUAAGCAGCCAGUUUCCUUACAGACCAUAUGCCAUUUUAAGAUCUUAUUCUGACGUCACCCCUUAUGGCAGCUAUCAAUACUUGUAUGAUACAGAAAAUGGUAUUUCUGUACAAGAACAAGGCCAACAAAAGUACCUACCCCAAGGCAGCGGUACAGCAGCCGCUGGAUCUUACAGAUACACUUCUCCAGAAGGGAUACCGGUUGUAGUUAACUACGUAGCUGACGAAAACGGGUAUCAACCACAAUCCAACGUACUACCAACACCACCUCCCAUACCACCAGCAAUUUUGAAGUCGUUGGAGUACAUUGCUGCUAGAACUGGCCAACCAAUCCCAAGUCACUAUCGUAGACAUUAAGUUAAUAGUUGUGAUAUUGUUUUUAAACUCACCUUUUUUAAAUCAUAGACAAAACCAUAAUGUUUUUUAAAUUUAAAUAUGUUAAUUAAAUUAAAUAUAUCCAGAUAUUCAUAUUUCCUGAAAUUGAAAAAUGAAAUGUACUGCCCUAGGUGUACCCUAGUUUAUUGUAUACGACAUAUUAAUUGUAAAAAAAAAUCAUUGUAA